AUGCUCAGGGUUAAUAUUAGGUCUGUGUUUCUGGGCUAUUUCAGCACCGAGGCAGAGGGGCCAGUGGAGGAGGAUGCUGUAACCCCAGAGCCUGAGGCUGAACCGGAGCCGGAGCCGGAGCCAGACGUGGUGGAUGGAAAACAGGACCUGGAGCCAGAGACCCAGCAGCAACAAGACACCACAGAGGAGCAGGGAGAGAAGUGCCCGGUCACCUCACCCCUGCCCUCUGCCACUGCUGACCCUGCUCCUGCGCCCGCCGCUGAAGAUAACCGGGUAGGGCUCAACCCUCAUUUUGGCAACGCUAUGGUCAUGUCAACAUGGUGGACGUGAUUCCAUGCGUGUCCUGGAUGCUGUGUUUUUAGCUGGUUAUCCACUGUCAACACUGAUGUCACUACUCAAAACCAAAUGUGACCUGUCUACACCUAAUUCCAUUUUGGUUUAAGAACCAUUUUGGUUGCAUUAUAAUCAGCUUUGAUAGCUACUUUUGUAGAUAAACAACUACUAUUGCUGAGAAAUUCCUUUUUUCCUUUACCUCUUGAUUAUUCAUUAAUUUUACCUAGCUUCUAGAGGUCUCCUUGUACAGCUGCUGACGUCAUUCAGCUUGAUUUAUUGUUUGUUUCGUCUCUCCUCCAGCCGUUCUCCUGGGCGUCUGUCACCAGUAAGAACCUUCCCCCUAGUGGACCUGUCCCUGUCUCGGGCGUCCCCCCUCACGUAGUCAAAGUCCCGUCGGCACCGGUACGUUAACUUACAAUGUUACUUUUCUCUAUAUAAAAACACUCCUCCUGUAGCCAACAUUAUGUAUUAAAUACCAGUAGAAGAAACAACCACACAUACUAUAUUGAUUACUAAGGGGGAUAAAAUCACCUAUUAUCGUGUGACGUCCAUGCAUUUGACAUAUUAAGCAUGUAUCAUACCAGUUAAACCACACAGUAUUAUUAGGUAUAAGAAACACAUUUUGGUGACCUUUUUAAUCAACAUUCCUCUUAAAGGGCAAUGAACACAUUCAAUCAACUGGUUAUGUAGCUUGGAGUCCGUCUCAUCCUGGUCUACUAGCCUGGUUUCUGAGUGUCCCUUGUCUUGGUCUUCUAGCCUGGUUUCUGAGUGUCCCUUGUCUUGGUCUACUAGCCUGGUUUCUGAGUGUCCCUUGUCUUGUCUUGGUCUACUAGCCUGGUUUCUGAGUGUCCCUUGUCUUGUCUUGGUCUACUAGCCUGGUUUCUGAGUGUCCCUUGUCUUGUCUUGGUCUACUAGCCUGGUUUCUGAGUGUGUCUUGUCUUGGUCUACUAGCCUGGUUUCUGAGUGUCCCUUGUCUUGUCUUGGUCUACUAGCCUGGUUUCUGAGUGUCCCUUGUCUUGUCUUGGUCUACUAGACUGGUUUCUGAGUGUCCCUUGUCUUGGUGCUUUAGCCCAGGGUGGAGGUGAAAACAGAAGCUGCAGCACAGAGAUCACAACCGAGAGACCAGAGACCACGGGAAGCAAGGCCAGGCCCACCACCAGUUAACAGAGGACCCCGACCAGGAGGUAUGAUCCACCAGACAGCAUCUCACCCAACACGCAGUACCAUCCACCAGACAGCAUCUAAUAGAAUAAUAAUGUCCCAACACACAGCUGGGUCAUGUUCAGGAGGUAGAAAACGUCUUGAAAUGAAGUGAAACUGGGAGGUACUACCUGACCUCGUCCAAUAAGAACACAGAUUUGUUUUCAUUGUAAAAAUGGUUUGCUACAAUGUGCCGCCUACGUUGAAUGUAAACCUGUCUGUGUUAGUCUGAACUCUGAAUGCCCUCUUUUAGUCUACAAUGUUGUUUUGUCUUUGAGGAAACAUGAAAGACGUGCAUGUCUGUUGACUAAAGUGAUCUCUCAUGCCUCUCGUCUGCUCUUGGUUCGCAGUGCGGGAAGGAGAGCAGGGAGAGACGUCGGAGGUUCGCCGUGUUGUGCGGUAUCCAGACGCUCACCAGCUCUUUGUAGGAAACGUCCCCCAUGAUGUGGACAAGGCAGAGCUCAAGGAGUUUUUCCAACGUAUGUCACGUUUUUAUUUCAAAAUGGUCUGCAAAAAAGCAUUUUAAUUAAUUUGUAUGGCUUCAACUGACAGUACUGGGAUGUAGCAGUGCCAGAUGCAGCUAGUCUUAAUUAAUCAUAGUCCCCCAAUGACCUGUAAAAAGGUAUGAAAUAAUUUGAUUUGAAUCAUUGUUCUAUGAUGUUAAAUGAUCUGCGUCCCUGUAACAGAAUAUGGUACAUGCUUUGCAGCAACUGAUUUAAGUAAUUGAUUGAAAUAGUUGAUUUUGUAAUUUUUAUACGAUCUGGUUCCUUCUACAGAGUAUGGUACUGUGCUUGAGCUACGGAUCAACAGCGGCGGAAAGCUUCCCAACUUUGGAUUCGUGGUGUUUGACGAUUCGGAACCUGUACAGAAAAUCCUAAGCAACCGGGUAAGAAUUAUUUUCAACAUAUAUGUUUCCGUUACAAAGUUCACAACAGUCACAUGCUGAUUUGAUUAACUGGACUCAAUUUUGUAAAGCCUUGGACUCCAUUUCAAUGAUGGUAGAAGGGUGCUUCACAUCAUUCCCAUAAAUGUCUAUUUGGGAGCCGUAAAAGUUAUUCAAAAAUUAUCUUAAUGCUUGUACAGACACAAUCCUCUUAAAAGCCCACUCUGAUCUUUACAGCUGUUUGUGAUCAUUUAAAUGAAUGAAUGUACUAACAGUCCUCUUUCAUCUUUAGCCCAUUAAGUUCAGAGGAGACGUCCGACUGAACGUGGAGGAAAAGAAGACUCGCUCCGCCCGGGAAGGGGACCGGCGAGACAUCCGCCCCAGGGGUCAAGGUGGCCCUGGAGGGCCCCGAGAGAGGAUAGGAGGGCCCAGAGGCCCCCCCACCAGGGGUGGCAUGGCACAGAAACCCAGCUUUGGCUCUGGACGAGGCACUGGACCCAGCGAGGGAGGUCGCUACAUGGGACCUCGUCAGUGAAUGUCAUUCUGAAGUUGGUCUAAUGUAUCAUGCCAGCUACAACUUCUGAUGUCAGUCGCCCCGACUCUUUGAGUAUUGUACAAAGAUGGCUUCUCCAUCCAUCCAUCCAUCCCUCCUCCCUUCGCUUUUAGUUUUCUACCCUGGGAUUUUGGAAUGCGAUCCAUCUCUGCCGACGUUGACGUGAUCUGAACUUCUCUCCUCAUCUUUUACAUCCUGAACUUGAAUUUGUUUUAAAGAAAGUAAAAAGGGUCUAAUCUAACUACUUGAAUUGGAACAACCCAGUUUGGUUUUGGCGUUCUCUCCCUGUUUCUUAAAGGAACGUGUAUGUACUGCUUGGGCAGUCCUGUGUAUUGCCACCACUGUCUUUUCAGGUCAAAUGCAAGUAUGGUUUUAUUUUAAAUUGCGAAGUUGAAUCAUGAUUGUGAAUGGUUAUUAUCGAGCAUGUAAGAAAUCCUGUCUGCCUUUUCACUGAUGCACUUCAUCAUGACCAAUCAGCUGAUGAGAGAACUAAAUAAACAUCAUUUACUGUUUUAAACCUGACUUCUGUAUUCUAUACAUUGAGUUGAUCUUUAUGGGCUGGUUUCCUGGACACAGAUUAAGCCUACACCUGGAGAUUUUUGGUGGAGAUUGUCCAUUGAGCUUGCUUUUAAGUGCAGGUCUAUGCUCAAUCUGUGUCCUGGGAAACCGCCCCUAUAUACACUGAACAAAAACAUAAAACGCAACAAUUUAAAAGAUUGUACUGAGUAAAUUGAAAUAAAUUCAUUAGGCCCUAAUCUAUGGAUUUGAAAUGACUGGGAAUACAGAUAUGCAUCCGUUGGUCACAGAUAAGGUUUAUUUUUUUAUGUAGGCGUGAAUAAAAAAAAAAAAGUGAUGUGACCACAAUUUGCCUCAUGCAGCGCGACAUCUCAUUUUGCAUAGUUGAUCAGGCUGUUGAUUGUGGCCUGUGGAAUGUUUUUCCACUCUUCUUCAACGGCUGUGCGAAGUUGCUGGAUAAUGUCAGGAACUGGAAGACGCUGUCGUACACACGUCAAUCCAGAGCAUCCCAAAUAUGCUCAAUGGGUGACAUGUCUGGUGAGUAUGCAGUCCAUGGAGGGAACUGGAACAUUUUCAGCUUCCUGGAAUUGUGUACAGGUCCUUGCGACAUGGGGCUGUGCAUUAUCAUGCUGAAACAUGAGGUGAUGGAGGCGGAUGAAUGGCACGACAAUGGGCCUCAGGAUCUCAUCACGGUAUCUCUGCAUUUAAAAUGAAAUUGUGUUUGUAUGUAUUUUACGCCCGUACCAUAACCCCAGCGCCACUAUUGGGUACUCUGUUCACAAUGUUGACAUCAGCAAACCGCUCGCCCACACACUGUACUGCCAUCUGCCCGGUACAGUUGAAACCGUGAUUCGUCCGUGAAGAGCACACUUCUCCAGCGUGCCAGUGGCCAUCAAAGGUAAGCAUUUGCCAACUGAAGUCUGUUAUGACGCCGAACAGCAGUCAGGUCAAGACCUUGGUGAGGACGACGAGCACGCAGAUGAGCUUCCCUGAGACCGUUUCUGACAGUUUGUGCAGAAAUUCUUAGGUUGUACAAACCCACAGUUUCAUCAGCUGUCCGGGUGGCUUAUCUCAAACAAUCCUGCAGGUGAAGAAGCCAGAUGUGGAGGUCCUGGGCUGGUGUGGUUACAUGUAGUCUGCUGUUGUGAGGCCGGUUGGAUGUAUUGCCAAAUUCUCUAAAACAACGGAGGAGGCUUAUGGUAGAGAAAUUAACAUUAAAUUCUCUGGCAACAGCUCUGGUGGACAUUCCUGCAGUCAGCAUGCCAAUUGCAUGCUCCCUCGAAACUUCAGACAUCUGUGGCAUUGUGUUGUGACAAGUGCACAUUUUAGAGUGGCCUUUUAUUGUACCCAGCACAAGGUGCACCUGUGUAAUGAUCAUGCUGUUUAAUCAGCUUCUUGAUAUGCCACACCUGUCAGGUGGAUGGGAUUAUCUUGGCAAAGAAGAAAUGCUCACUAACAGGCAUGUAAACACAUUUUGCAAAAAAAUUUUUAAGAAAAAAGCUUUGCGUAUGGAACAUUUCUGGGAUCUAUUAUUUCAGCUCAUGUUUCAUGAGCUGAAAUGGGACCAACACUUUACAUGUUGCGUUUAUAUUUUUGUUCAGUAUAUUUCAUAAUUUGGGAAAAUGAUUGGAAAAGGAUGUGUGGCCACCCAAAGGAGACCUGGCAAAGAGCCGUGGAAAAGGAGAUACCAUCCCCAAAAGGCAGAAGAUCAGAAGCAGUGGCACUCCUCUAGUCGAAGCCUUAGUGCAUUCGGAAAGUAUUCAGACCCCUUCCCUUUUUCCACAUUUUAUUACGUUACAGCUUUAUUCUUAAAUUGAUUGAACCACCAAGACUCUUUCUAGAGCUGGCCACCCGGCCAAACUGCGCAAUCGGGGGAGAAGGGCAUUGGUCAGGGAGGUGACCAAGAACUCGAUGGUCACUCUGACAGAGCUCCAGGGUUCCUCUGUCGGGAUGGGAGAACCUUCCAGAAGGACAGCCAUCUCUGCAGCACUCCUCCAAUCAGGCCUUUAUGGUAGAGUGGCCAGACAGAAGCCACUCCUCAGUAAAAGGCACAUGACAGCCCGCUUAGAGUUUGCCAAAAGGCACCUAAAGGACUCUGACCAUGAGAAACAAGAUUCUCUGGUCUGAUGAAAUCAAGAUUUAACUUUUUGGCCUGAAUGCCAAGUGUCACAUCUGGAGGAAACCUGGCACCAUCCCUACAGUGAAGCAUGGUGGUGGCAGCAUCAUGCUGUGGGGAUGUUUUUCAGCGGCAGUGACUGGGAGACUAGUCAGGAUCGAGGGAAAGAUGAACGUAGCAAAGUACAGAGAGAUUCUUGAAUUACUGAUAUGUAUAUACAUUUUAGUCAUUUAGCAGACGCUCUUAUCCAGAGCAACUUAGUUAGUGAGUGCAUACAUUUUCAUACUGGCCCCCGGUGGGAAUCGAACCCACAACCCUGGCGUUGCAAGCACCAUGCUCUAUCAACUGAGCUACACGGGACUACGUGAAUCAAAACCUCAAAGACUUAUCCACAAUGUCAACGUGAGUGUCUUGCAAAACUGAUAUCAAGGGUCUUCAUUAGGGCACACAAUGCAAACCAGUUUCCAAUACUACCUGGAGUUAGGGUUGAAACGGGGUGGUACUACCUGGAGUCAGGGUUGAAACGGGGUGGUACUACCUGGAGUUAGGGGUGAAACGGGUGGUUCUACUAAGUUAGGGUUGAAUCGGGUGGUACACCUGAAGUUAGGUUGAAACGGGGUGGUACUACCUGGAGUUAGGGUUGAAACGGGGUGGUACUACCUGGAGUUAGGGUUGAAACCGGGUGGUACUACCUGGAGUUAGGGUUGAAACGGGUGGUACUACCUGGAGUUAGGGUUGAAACGGGGUGGUACUACCUGGAGUUAGGGUUGAAACGGGUGGUACUACCUGGAGUUAGGGUUGAAACCGGGUGGUACUACCUGGAGUUAGGGUUGAAACAGGUUGUUAUUACUAGGCUGUGGUACUACCUGGAGUUAGGGUUGAAACGGGGGGUAUAACCUGGAGUUAGGGUUGAAACGGGGUGGUACUACCUGGACUUAGGGUUGAAACGGGUGGUACUACCUGGAGUUAGGGUUGAAACGGGUGGUACUACCUGGAGUUAGGGUUGAAACGGGGUGGUACUACCUGAAGUUAGGGGGUGAAACAGGUUUGUUAUUACUAGGGCUGUGGUACUACCUGGAGUUAGGGUUGAAACGGGGUGGUACUACCUGGAGUUAGGGUUGAAACGGGGUGGUACUACCUGGAGUUAGGGUUGAAACGGGGUGGUACUACCUGGAGUUAGGGUUGAAACAGGUUGUUAUUACUAGGGCUGUGGUACUACCUGGAGUUAGGGUUGAAACGGGGUGGUACUACCUGGAGUUAGGGUUGAAACGGGGUGGUACUACCUGGAGUUAGGGUUGAAACGGGUGGUACUACCUGGAGUUAGGGUUGAAACGGGUGGUACUACCUGAAGUUAGGGUUGAAACGGGGUGGUACUACCUGGAUUAGGGUUGAAACAGGUUGUUAUUACUAGGGCUUGGUGGUACCUACCUGGAGUUAGGGUUGAAACGGGGUGGUACUACCUGGAGUUAGGGUUGAAACGGGGUGGUACUACCUGGAGUUAGGGUUGAAACAGGGCUGUGGUGUUCAUGAAAUUUUCUCAACAUUUAUUGUCAUGCAAAAGGAUGCUGGUCUCACAAUAAUUUACGUUAAUUAACAUAAACACGUUUAGCAUCUCCAGGCCCCCCAAUGCAUUCAAGCCGCGUACCAUCUGCUGAUGCAGAACGCCUUUGGAACAUCAAAUAGAAAUUCACUAUAAUUGUAGGCUAACUCUGUAAGUGCACAAUCAAUGAACCAACAGCAUCGCCUAGUCCUAUAGGUUCUCUCCCAGACUCAUGCAUAGUAAGUUUGGAGCGUAUCAUAACGUAAUAAAGUCCAUCCAGUAUGCAUAGUAAUAAAGUCCACACUCAAAGGCGAUUACUAGAAUUUGUUUAAUUUUGGAGUUUUGGCUAGACCAGGGACGGGCAACCUUGAUGGGGGUGGGGGGCCACAAAAAAUCAGAACCCUGCAAUUCUGCACAUUUUUGCCACAGGAUGUAGAGAAUAUGUUGCCGUUUUAAAGCAAGUUCGCUGGAAUUCUACACAUUUUUUCUCCAUGGGGCGUAGAGAAGAUUUAGCAAUUUUAUAACUCCUUUCAUGUAAUUGUACUGAGUAGAGAAGAAUGUGCAGUUUUAAUUAAUUUCUAAUUUGCUAAUGUCCUGCAGUUCUACACAUUUGCAUUAGGAUGGAGGCAAAUGUUUGCAGUUUUUAGUAUGAUAACUGAUUAUCAAUGGGCCCCACCGGUUGCUAAUCCAAUGAUGCUUACUAUAAGUUUAUAUUGACUAUCUUACCUAUCUAAAAACAUUCACCUGACAUGGGCUAAUUGAGUGACUGCUGAUGCACAACCACAUUUCGAAAUUGCACCUCGUGUAUUCUAUUAUUCUAACUCUUAACAGCAAGUUGAGACCCCGACUGAGUUCCUAAAAAAAAAAAUAUACACUACCAGUCAAAGAUUUGGACACACCUACUAUUUUUUUACAUUGUAGAAUAUUAGUGAAGACAUCAAAACUGUAGUAAACAAAAAAGUGUUAAACAAAAUAUAUUUUAUAUUUGAGAUUCUUCAAAUAGCCACCCUUUGCCUUGAUGACAGCUUUGCACACUCUUGGCAUUCUCUCAACCAGCUUCACCUGGAAUGCUUUUCCAACAGUCUUGAAGGAGUUCCCACAUAUGCUGAGCACUUGUUGGCUGCUUUUCCUUCACUCUGCGGUCCGACUCAUCCCAAACCAUCUCAAUUUGGUUGGGGGAUUGUGGAGGCCAGGUCAUCUGAUGCAGCACUCCAUCACUCUCCUUCUUGGUAAAAUAGCCCUUACACAGCCUGGAGGUGUGUUGGUCCUGUUGAAAAACAAAUGAUAGUCCCACUAAGCCCAAACCAGAUGGGAUGGCGUAUCGCUGUAGAAUGCUGUGGUAACCAUGCUGGUUAAGUGUGAAUUCUAAAUAAAUUACAGACAGUGUCACCAGCAAAUCACCCCCACACCAUAACACCUCCUCCUCCAUGCUUUACGGUGGGAAAUACACAUGCGGAGAUCAUCCGUUCACCCACAACGCGUCUCACAAAGGCACGGCAGUUGGAACCAAAAAUCUCCAAUUUGGACUUCAGACCAACUUUCCACCGGUCUAAUGUCCAUUGCUUGUGUUUUUUGGCCCAAGCAAGUCUCUUCUUAUUAUUGGUGUCCUUUAGUAGGGUUUCUUUGCAGCAAUUCGACCAUGAAGGCCUGAUUCACACAGUCCCCUCUGAACAGUUGCUGUUGAGAUGUGUCUGUUACUUGAACUCUGUGAAGCAUUUAUUUGGGCUGCAAUUUCUGAAUCUGGUAACUAAUGAACUUAUCCUCUGCAGCAGAGGUGAGACUCUGGGUCUUCCGUUCCUUUGGCGGUCCUCAUGAGAGCCGGUUUCAUCAUAGCGCUUGAUGGUUUUUGCGACUGCACUUGAAGAAACGUUCAAAGUUCUUGAAAUGUUCCGUAUUGACUGACCUUCAUGUGUUAAAGUAAUGAUGGACUGUCAUUUCUCUUUGCUUAUUUGAGCUGUUCUUGCCAUAAUAUGGACUUGGUCUUUUACCAAAUAGGGCUAUCUUCUGUAUCCCCCCUACCUUGUCACAACACAACUGAUUGGCUCAAAUGCAUUAAGAAGGAAAGAAAUUCCACAAAUUAACUUUUAAGAAGGCACACCUGUUAAAUGAAAUGCAUUCCAGUUGACUACCUCAUGAAGCUGGUUGAGAGAAUUCCAAGAGUGUGCAAAGCUGUCAUCAAGGCAAAGGGUGGCUAUUUGAAGAAUCUCAAAUAUAAAAUAUAUUUAGAUUUGUUUAACACUUAUUUGUUGUAAUGAUGUGGUACUGCCUGAACUUAGGGUUAGGGUUACUACAGUGUGCCCUAAUGAAUGCACCCCAACGUGGUGCUGCAGAUUUCCUCACUGACAAGGACCAAGGUCUUCCAGCAGGUGGCCAGAGACUGUGUUCAUUAGUAUUCAUGAUGCGGAGGAGGAUGCAACAUAACCUGUCAGUGCGUCCCAGCUGUAUUAUAUUUGGUAUCCCCACCCUGUGACCCACAUGGGCUGAGAAUGUCCUGGUACAGCUGGGAACAACCCUCCGAGCAUACGACCCUCCAGCUGGACAAACCCCUCCCAGAUGCAACUUAAUCCCACACAGUGCACAAUUCUUAAACAGAGUUCAGGGACACCACAGUCCCCACCCAGAGAAGGCACUAUAGCCGAGACCAUGGAACGAACACACACACACACACACACACAGGAAUGCACACACACACAACACACCACACACACAGGAAUGCACACACACACACACACCACACACCACAAUGCACACCACACACAACACACACAGGAAUGCACACACACACACACACACACACACACAGGAAUGCACACACACACACACAACACACACACAAAAUCACACACACACACAGGAAUGCAACCACCCACACACACAAAAACUCACACAACCAUGCACACACACACACACACACACACAGGAAUGCACACACACACACACACACACACACAGGAAUGCACACACACACACACACACACACAGGAAUGCACACAGACACUCAAGCACACAGACACACACGUUGGAGGCCAAUCAAGUCUCUCAUUAAGACUGUUUGCAUCUAUUAGCGUUCACAUCCUGGCGUGUGAAAGACAUGUAAAAGCCUUCAUUAUCACUGGGUGAAAUCACAAAGGUUUAGUCAUCACCAUCACCAUCAACAAAAACAGAUCACUUAUUUUAGGGAGCUUGUUUCUCAGUGUGAAAUAGGAACAUUUGCAGCGUCACAAAAUAAUGCACAUGCUCUGAUUUCAAACACUGAGAAACAAAUGUCUGGGUAAAACCACAGAGGCUCACUGUACCAUCAUUAUCACCAUCAUCACACACCAAAAAGUGCUAUUUUUUUUUUUUUUUGCCUUAACAAUUAAUAAUAAUAAUAUAAUGGACUUGGCCUCCUUCUCCAUCUCUUAACAAGAGAAGGAGCCCAAAUGCUCUUAUUUCAUACACUGAGAAACACAUUUCUGUCAAAGCCUUCAUGUUUCACUGGCUUCAGGCCCUGGGGUGGUUUUCAGUGUCAGCUGUAAUGUCAUUCCAGUGAGUCCCACUGUAGUAUACUGCUACUGCAGGGCCAUCCAAGGGACCGGGUGGUCUGGGAGAGGGGGAAGGCAGGGAGUUGUUACGCACUCACUUGAACAAGGGCAGAGGAGCCAGAGCCAUGACGACGUCCCAAAAUAAACCUUAUUCCCUAAAUAGCACACUACUUUUGGCCAUAGCCCUAUGGUGUCAGUAGUGCACUUUAAAGGAAAUCGGGUGCCAUUCAGGGCGCACUGUUAUGAUUGAGCCCAGUCCUUUAUUGGGUCAUCGUCAUCCAACAGCUAAAAAUAUCACAUGACAGAGGAGGAAGUUCAGGGCAUUUAGAAUUAAAUGUGAAGUGGCGCUUUAUAGUUACGUGAUGAAAUUUAGCAAUCAUAGAUUAAAUCAUGUGUCGCAAUAAAGAAAGUUCGACAAAAGCUAAAUCCAGACCCCCCCCCCCCCCCCCCCACUGUCGAACAGAUACAAAUAUUGUAUCUCUUUAGAAAAUGUAUCCUAUAUCUGCCGUUUCCAUUACACAUGUCCCAAUGAUUAUUUUUUGCGACAUUGCUUUUGUCGAUGAAACCUGGGUCAAUGGAAACCUGCCUACUUUCUGUUUAGGAGGAGGAAGCUCAGUCAGUCACGGUGUGCCGGGAGAUUUUUACAUCAUAACUCAAGAGAUGAGGGAGACCUGGGGUCCCAAAUGGAAUCCUAUUCCCUACAUAGUGCACUACUUUCGAACAGAGCUGGUAAAAAAAAUAAUCCUGCACUAUGUAGGGCAUAGGGUGCCAUUUGGGACCUAUUCUUCAGUUGGUUUAAUGAAGUGUCAUAAACUAGGUUUCCAUCAAAUUUGCGACUGAUUUUUCAUGCAAAUAUUUAAAAAUCUGCAUAAAACAAUAUGCGCAUUUUCCCACCAGAGAUGAGUUUCCAUCAAACUGACUCAUUGCGGAUAGAAAUGCUGUGCGUGAUGACGUAGUGCACAUAAAAAUAACUUUAGUGUUUAAAUUACAUUGUACUGAAUGAAUAAUAAAAGUUCCAUGGGUUUCCAUCGCAUUUUCAACUCACAGAAAAAAAUGGUGGUGUUACAUAGCAAACGUGCGCUCUAGCCAAUAGCUGGAAGAUACAGUGCGGGUAGGCUACCUGCAUUUUUGAGAUGAUUAUGGAUAAGAGCGAUAUUUGUUUAUUUGUCAAACUGCAGCCAAGCAUCGAUCACAUCGAUCAUCAUGUCACCAGAACAAGAUAUUUAUUGGAAAGGAGCAUCAAACUCUUAAUGUGCUCUUUCACCACCCUGUGAAGUUCAUCAUAACUUAUUUCAUCUGUAGCCUAAUAAACUGCACGGACCACACACAUACCGUCACGUGACUCCAAGUUUACUUCAAUAUGAUGGUUAUUAUAUCAACAUUUGCGCAUAAAGGCGUUUCCACCGCUAUUUCUCGCAUAAUUAAUUUUACCGACACAAAAAGAUCCCACCAUGUCCAACGAAGAAAUUGUCAACAUUUAUAAAAUUGUACUGGCAUAUCCUGUUUCCAUCAGCCCGGUCGUGACUUUUUUCAUGCAUCAGGUAAUUCAUCCGCAUGAAAUGGUUUGAUGGAAACCUGUUUAUAGGCUGCUUUAAGACGGGCAGCCAAAUUCUGAUAUUUUUUCCACUGAUUGGUCUUUUGACCAAUCAAAUCAGAUCUUUUCACACCAGCUCUUUUUCAAAACGGAUCUGAUUGGUCAAAAUACCAAUUAGUGAAAACAUAUAAGAAUUGGGCUGCCUGUGCAAACACAGCCAUAGUGCUUUUGAUUGGAUUGCUAGACAAAUCACCAUCAGACCCUUUGCAUUUAUUGGACUAUCAAAGGGAAACUGAGAUCAAUUCAUGCAGCAUGCACACUGUAUAAUAUAGAUAGAUGCUGUUUACUUUAAACCUAUGGAGAGGCUUUGCACUAAUGAGCUUUCUGUCUACAUUAUUUUCAAUUACGAUGUAUAAUAUUUAAUUUCUCAGAAAUAUCUACUCUCUAAACCUGAAAAAAAUAAUAAAACAGAUCAGUGUGUGAUCAAUGCAUAUAGCAUACUGUCUGUGUUCACAUAGCAUACUGUCUGUGUUCACAUAGCAUACUGUCUGUGUUCACAAAGCAUACUGUCUGUGUUCACAUAGCAUACUGUCUGUGUUCACAUAACAUACUGUCUGUGUUCAUAUAGCAUACUGUCUGUGUUCACAUAGCAUACUGUCUGUGUUCAUAUAGCAUACUGUCUGUGUUCACAUAGCAUACUGUCUGUGUUCACAAAGCAUACUGUCUGUGUUCACAUAGCAUACUGUCUGUGUUCACAUAACAUACUGUCUGUGUUCAUAUAGCAUACUGUCUGUGUUCACAUAGCAUACUGUCUGUGUUCACAUAGCAUACUGUCUGUGUUCAUAUAGCAUACUGUCUGUGUUCACAUAGCAUACUGUCUGUGUUCACAUAGCAUACUGUCUGUGUUCACAUAGCAUACUGUCUGUGUUCACAUAGCAUACUGUCUGUGUUCAUAUAGCAUACUGUCUGUGUUCAUAUACCUUUCUAUGGUCUCCCUCUCUAUGGUCUCCCUCUCUAUGGUCUCCCUCUCUAUGGUCUCCCUUUCUAUGGUCUCCCUCUCUAUGGUCUCCCUUUCUAUGGUCUCCCUCUCUAUGGUCUCCCUCUCUAUGGUCUCCCUUUCUAUGGUCUCCCGCUCUAUGGUCUCCCUCUCUAUGGUCUCCCUCUCUAUGGUCUCCCUCUCUAUGGUCUCCCUCUCUAUGGUCUCCCUCUCUAUGGUCUCCCUCUCUAUGGUCUCCCUCUCUAUGGUCUCCCUCUCUAUGGUCUCCCUUUCUAUGGUCUCCCUUUCUAUGGUCUCCCUCUCUAUGGUCUCCCUCUCUAUGGUCUCACUUUCUAUGGUCUCCCUCUCUAUGGUCUCCCUCUCUAUGGUCUCCCUCUCUAUGGUCUCCCUCUCUAUGGUCUCCCUCUCUAUGGUCUCCCUCUAUAAGUCAGAAAAUGCAAUAUGUCAUUGUUACGUUCCCACAAGACAAACUCAAAAUGUCUCACAACAAAGGAAACUAACUAAGAAAAUCACUUUGACAACCAAAACGAAUCAGAAAAGUGGUUCUGAAAGGCCUCAUGUGGGUCUCCACUGAAAGUUGACAAAAAACUAGGAAAUGUGCCCUAAAAUAAUCCCACCAUGGAAUCCCACCAUGGAAUCCCACCAUGGAAUCCCACCAUGGAUUCCAUUUAAAUCAAAUCAAAUCACAUUUUUAUUUGUCACAUACACGUGUUUAGCCGUUGUUAUUGCGGGUGUAGCGAAACGCUUGUGCUUCUAGCUCCGGCAAUGCAGUAAUAUCUAACAAGUAAUAUAUGGUAUAUAUAUUCUAUAUUCAUAGAAUAUAGCAGAAAAAUGUGUGCAUAUUGUAGAGUAAUCCACUUUUAACCAAUUGUGUAUGUGUUAUGUUUCAGGGCGCCUUAAGGUCACUACAAGCGUCACUCUGUCGUUGAUGUGCGUGCGCUUGGGGUGGAGCGGGAUUUUUGGAGCAGCGGACACAUUGUGGUUACGUGAUAUCCUCACUGGUCCCAUUCACAAGGAGGCUACAGCAAAGUUGUUUUAAUUUUUUGUCAUUUCAUUUUUGUGGAAGCAGGGAAGAGUCACCUUCCCUCGCUAGUCAUCAUGUUUUGGUCACAGAGAAAAAAGCCCAUGGCUAGCUAGUUGGCUACAGCAGGUUCUACCACUAUAGACAGCGUAGCCGCAGGAAGUAGGGGUGCUGAGAGUGCGGCAGCACCUCCUGAUAAAUCAUAAUAUUUCAUAUAUAUAUAUAUAUAUAUAUAUAUAUAUAUAUAUACACUACCGUUCAAAAGUUUGGGGUCACUUAGAAAUGUCCUUGUUUUCGAAAGAAAAGCAUUUUUUUUUGUCCAUUAAAAUAACAUAAAAUUGAUCAGAAAUACAGAGUAGACAUUGCUAAUGUUGUAAAUGGCUAUUGUAGCUGGAAACGGCUGAUUUUUAAUGGAAUAUCUACAUAGGCGUACAGAGGCCCAUUAUCAGCAACCAUCAGUCCUGUGUUCCAAUGGCACGUUGUGUUUGCUAAUCCAAGUUUAUCAUUUUAAAAGACUAAUUGAUCAUUAGGAAACCCUUUUGCAAUUCUGUUAGCACAGCUGAAAACGGUUGUGCUGAUUAAAGAAGCAAUAAAACUGGCCUUCUUGAGACUAGUUGAGUAUCUGGAGCAUCAGCGAUUGUGGGUUCGACUACAGGCUCAAAAUGGCCAGAAACAAAUAACUUUCUUCUGAAAUUAAGGCUAUUCCAUGCAACAAUUAUAGACUGACAAGUUUCAGAAGAAAGUUAUUUGUUUCUGGCCAUUUUGAGCCUGUAAUCAAACCCACAAUCGCUGAUGAUGACAUUUCUAAGUGACCCCAAACUUUUGAACGGUAGUGUAUAUAUAUUGUUUUUUUCUACAAAAUUAGUACACUGGGCCUUUAUUACUCCUGUUUGAGCAGACCAAAACAGUCGUCAGCAGCACAGGGAGAAAAUAUUCUCUCAACUUCCUGUCAUUGUUGCUAGCUAUCUGGCCAUCCAGAAUCACAACAACAGAUGGACUUCUUCCCCAUUGAAUCGUGUGCAUCAUUUUCAUGACGUUGUCAGCUAACCCUAAACAAAAUACAUUUUUUUGGGUGGAUUCUUGUUAUUUGGUUUACUGUUUGAACAGUCGCUGAGAUUAUAGUUGGUUAUCAAUGAAAAAUAGGCUGCUUUGAUGAAUAGCCCAUAUAGCCUAUAGAUCAGAUCAAGGAACCAACCAACAACUAUGCCCCCACGGCUGCGGGAAGGAAAUGAUAUGGCGAGUCUCCAAUUUUCAGGUGGUACAGAAGUACAUCCAAUGCUGGAGCCGUAUCAUUUGUGGUGAAAAAUGACAUUGGAACACCGCGCUACACUCCGUACCUUCCGUCUCCGUAGUGUGUGAACGUACCUUUAGGCCACUGAAUCUUAGGAAUAUGACCUUACAAAAGGGUAACAAUUACAAUUUCAAUUUGUAUUUAAUUUUCAAAAUGUGGAACGUUUUUUGUAACAUGUUUUUGAAAGUCAAUUAUAGUAAGCCCAAUUCAUUCAUACAGUGGAGAGAGAAAUGUUUGUGUCCUCAAGGGCUUUUUGCUAGGUAGCAAUAGAAUGA